GAAGCUCGCGCCUGCCCCUUUAGCACGAGUCAGUCAGUCGGUCAUAAACAAACGCUCGUGAACAGAUUAUAUCAAAUACGAUUAAAACGAUGGAGUAGGAAACAUGAUACAGAUGCCGACUUUACACCACAUCACAGACACUCCGAGUUUUAUUCGUUUAUACGGAGAGUUGUCAAUCUGUGCUUUUUACGUCGGGUUAGCGUGCUAGCGUUCAGUCUUCGUGGGUCCAGUCUCCCAGUUGUUGUUUGUUUGACAGAAUUUGUCAGAAGACAAAAAGUAAGUCGAGUUUCAUUUAGUUGGAUCCAUAAUAAUUAAUUAAUCGCCAGUCAAGCGUUUUUUCUCUCUCUCAGAUAGAGUGGUUACUUGGUUUAGCUAAUGUAAUGCAUUCAUCAACUUUAUGAAUAUGUGUGUGUCUUCUGUCAAACUGUCAUUUGUAAAUAACCUUAACGUUAGUAACGUUAAACAUUCACAAUGGCCUAUCAGGGUCAUCUAAAAUGGUCUUUUACUCCACGUUAAUGUCGUUUCCAUCAGAUAUGGCGUAUCGUUAGUAUCUCUGGAGGCUGUGAGAGUCAAAUCUCAGUGUGUCGAUAGUUUGAGGCGGUCGACAGAGGAGGAAAUCCACUAUUUGUGUGUCAAAACACACUUUAUUCUUGCUUUGGCCACACACAUGUGAAUGUUUCGCGUUUGAGGCUCAUAUUCAGCAUGGCUAAGCUUCAGUCGGGUAACGGAGUGCAGUGGAAGGACCGCAGGGGUCAGCGGGGCACAGUGGAGAGUCUGGCCGAGCACGAGAGCUCUUCCCUGGGCCCGGACUCUGAGCUCAACGGCUUCGCCAACGCGGAGAUCCAGACAGACAAAUACGGAUUCAUAGGAGGAGCUCAACAAAGCGCAGGAGAAAAUGCUGAUAUUCCUCCAGAUGUACUUCGGCAGAGAGAAGUCAAAUGGCUGGAUAUGCUCAACAGUUGGGACAAGUGGAUGGCCAAAAAACACAAGAAGGUGAAGUUGCGCUGUCAGAAGGGCAUCCCUCCAUCACUCAGAGGUCGUGCGUGGCUUUAUCUCUCCGGUGGCAAAGUGAAGAAAGAACAGAAUCAGGGAAAAUUUCAGGAGUUGGACAGUCAGCCUGGAGAUCCUAAAUGGCUGGAUGUGAUAGAGAAAGACCUCCACAGACAGUUUCCAUUCCACGAGAUGUUCGUAGCUCGAGGAGGCCACGGGCAGCAGGAUCUGUUCCGGGUGCUGAAGGCGUACACGCUGCACAGACCAGAGGAGGGUUACUGCCAGGCUCAAGCUCCUAUAGCCGCAGUGCUGCUCAUGCACAUGCCUGCUGAGGAUGCAUUCUGGGGUCUGGUCCAGAUCUGUGAGAAGUACCUGCCUGGAUACUACAGCGCAGGCCUGGAGGCCAUUCAGUUAGACGGUGAGAUCCUGUUCACUCUGCUCAAGCGGGUGUCACCGGUGGCCCACCGGCAUCUGAAGAAAUACAAGAUUGACCCUAUCCUCUACAUGACAGAGUGGUUCAUGUGUGCCUUCUCCAGGACGCUGCCCUGGGCAUCUGUCCUGCGCGUGUGGGACAUGUUCUUCUGUGAGGGAGUGAAGAUCAUCUUCCGUGUGGGCCUGGUGCUGCUGAAGUGCAUGCUGGGAUCUCAGGAGAAACUGAAAGCGUGUCAGGGCCAGUAUGAGACCAUGGAGCUGCUCCGGUCUAUUGAGCCACGAUACAUGCAGGAGGCUUUCCUAGUGCAAGAGGUCAUUGAACUGGCUGUGUCUGAGCGUGACAUAGAGAAGGAGCAUCUCUCUCAGCUCCGGCGCUGGAAGGAGACCCGCGGAGAGCUGCACUGUAAAUCCCCUCCCAGAAUGCACGGCGCCCAAGCCAUCAUGGCCGCUGAGCCGCCCAGUCGCCAGGACCUCAAACAGAACCCCACGAUCAUCGUCGAAGUACCACAGACCACCGAGAGCCAGACGGAGAAAGGGAAAACAACGAAAAAGACAAAAACAGAGAAGAUAAAAGACACGAAAAACACCUCGCCACCUCCCAAUCCGUACCCGCUACCCAGCGACCCAGCAUUACCGAGCAACAACCUCUCGCCCGGCGAAUCACAGCACCUGCAGAAAGACACGCCCCUGCAGGGCUCCAAUCAGAGUCUCAGUAGCACAGAACACGACACCUACCUGUAAAGCACCAGUGCUGAGCGCUGAAUGUGUACUGUGCAGAAACAUCUGCCUCCCCUCUCUCAGGACACAUGACACCACCGGACCAAAACAUGCUUCUAAAGAGAGCUUGGGUGAAACUACAUCAGGAGCUUUUUAACUGUUUACAUGAUGUGUAUGUGCAUGUUUAGAAAUGAAAUGAAGGACGAAUAGUCAAAAGCAAGUUUUUGUAUUUUAAAUUCAAAUAAUGAGACUGUAUUUAGGCCUAAAUUUUAAAUGUUGAUUUUUAAAUUUCCAUCCAUUUGGAUUGCACAGUUUUAAAAUGAAUCAAAUAAUAGACUUGUGCAAUGCAUAUUUGUCAGUCAUACAUAAAUUAAACGGGUCAGAUUACUGUAAUAGUAUUAAAUUGAAUGUGUUUAAAUACACAGUAAAUAGUUAUAAAUAGUUAUUUAUUUAUAUAUAUA